AUGUCGGUUCCGCCACAUCUUGAUUUCCGAGCGUUCGUUGACACACUGCGCGAGGACAAUGAUCUAGCCGACAUAAGCGCUGAAGUUGAUCCAAGACUCGAGGUUGCGGCCACCAUCCGUCUCGCAUACGAACAGCGCACAAAGGCACCAUUAUUCAACAACGUUAAGGGGGCCAAGGAUGGGCUAUUCCGCAUACUUGGCGCACCGGCAGGUCUUUCCAGCGAUCCUAAGCUCCCAUAUCGACGACUUGCACGCCACCUCGCUCUUCCGAGCGAAGCUGGUGUGAAGGAUGUAAUCGACAAGAUGCUCUCAGCCAAGGGCGAAAAGCCUCUUCCUCCAGUACACGUAUCAACCGGGCCCUGCAAGGACAAAAUCAUUAUGGGCGAAGACGUCGACCUUACCAAGUUGCCAGCUCCUCUCCUGAACCAGGCCGACGGAGGUAGUUACAUCCAAACCCUGGGAAUCAACAUUGUACCCCAUCCCACGGAGUCGUGGACAAAUUGGUCCAUCGCACGAGCUAUGGUAUAUGACAAGACUCGCAUGGUUGGUCUCAUCAUGAAGCCACAGCAUAUUGCUCGAAUCUUCGAGGACUGGAAAAAAACUGGCCAAGACGUACCCUAUGCUAUAGCCCUAGGUGCGCCGCCCAUUGCUACUAUGGCAGCCAGCAUGCCGCUGCCAGCUGGCGUAUCAGAGGCUGAGUACGUUGGCGCGCUCUGUGGUACUCCGUUGGAGCUCGUCAAGUGCGAAACCAACGAUAUGUAUGUGCCCGCGAACAGCGAGAUCGUGCUUGAGGGUACGAUUUCCAUUACGGACACUGCCAAGGAAGGCCCUUUCGGCGAGAUGCACGGUUACAGCUUCCUGGACGAGGGCUCAAUGCAACCCCUAUAUACCGUCAAGGCUAUCACUCACCGUGAGAACCCAAUUCUUCCGGUGUGUGUGCCUGGACGCGCGAACCUCGGCCCAGAUGAGACACAAACAAUGAUAGGAACGCUGGCUUCCGCCGAGAUUCGUCAGCUGCUACAAGACCACGGCUUACCCGUGACUCAAGUAUUUGCUCUGUUUCAGACGCAGGUCAUUUGGGCAGCCGUACAAGUUGACCGGGGGAGGCUGGCGGAACUGGGUACUAACGCGAGAGACUUUUGCACCAAGCUGGGCGACUUGGUGUUCCGCAACAAGUGCGGCAUGCAAAUCCACCGGCUGCUGGUGGUCGGCGAUGACAUCAACCCCUUUGACAUGAAUGACAUGACUUGGGCAUUUGCGACGCGGUGUAGGCCGUCGAUGGAUGAGUUCCAUUUUGAAGAUGUCCCGGCCUACCCUCUCGUGCCGUACAUGUCGCACGGCCCUGGGACGAAGCUCACAGGUGGAAAGGUCGUGGCCAAUUGUCUAUUGCCGGAGGAGUAUACAGGCAAACAAGGUUGGGUAACAUGUGAUUUUGAGAGCGGAUAUCCCGAGGAGGUCAAGAAGAGGGUCCUGAGUAGGCGGGAGGAGUUUGGCUUGUAG